AUGGCCGACGUCGACAUGACCGACGCACCCACUGCGCCGGCGAAGGCCAAGACCUCCAAGGCAAGCGGCGAGGCAGCUGGUGAGGGCAAGAAGAAGUUUGAAGUCAAGAAGUGGAAUGCGGUGGCUCUCUGGGCCUGGGAUAUCGUCGUGGACAACUGCGCCAUUUGCCGCAACCACAUCAUGGACCUCUGCAUCGAGUGUCAGGCCAACCAAGCCUCCGCGGCGUCCGAAGAGUGCACUGUGGCGUGGGGUAUUUGCAAUCACGCAUUCCACUUCCACUGCAUUUCCCGGUGGCUCAAGACCCGUCAAGUCUGCCCUCUGGACAACCGUGACUGGGAGUUCCAGAAGUACGGCCGUUGA